CUCCCGCGGACCCGGGUCAUUCUCGGGUCGCGACUCCGUGUGUCUCACCCUCCGUCCUAUUUCUUCUUACAAUCAGCCCUUCUUUUUAGAGAGAGAGACAACAAAGCAGCAAAAGAGAGCGAGCGGGCGAGAAUCUAGAGCGAGAAAACGAGAGUGAAGUCUCAGCAGGCACUAAGCUGAUCCUUUCCCCAAACCACAGAUCGAUCAUGGCGGCCACAAGUGAACGAGACAGCUGCGUCUACACAGCGAAGCUCGCUGAGCAAGCUGAGCGCUACGAAGAAAUGGUGGACGCAAUGAAGAAAUUGGCCUCUCUGAACGUAGAGCUGACUGUUGAGGAGAGGAACCUACUCUCCGUUGGAUACAAGAAUGUGAUUGGUGCUAGGAGAGCAUCGUGGAGGAUACUGUCGUCCAUUGAACAAAAGGAGGAAGGGAAAGGGAAUGAGCAGAAUGUGAAGCGGAUCAAAGGGUACAGGCAGAAGGUGGAGUCUGAGCUGUCUGACAUUUGUACCGAUGUGAUGACUGUGAUUGAUGAACAUCUGAUUCCUUCUUGCUCUGGUGCAGAAUCAACUGUCUUUUUCUACAAGAUGAAAGGAGAUUACUAUCGGUACCUAGCAGAAUUUAAGUCCAGUGAUGAGAGGAAAGAGGUUGCUGAUCAGUCCAUGAAGGCAUAUCAGCUUAGAAGCAUUCUAAAAUUUUCUUUCCUUUUUUCUUCCCUGUUGCAGGCAGCUUCUACUGCUGCAGAGGCUGAUCUACCUCCUACACACCCCAUCAGGCUGGGUUUGGCCUUGAACUACUCAGUCUUUUACUAUGAAAUUCUCAACUCUCCUGAAAGGGCUUGCCACCUUGCAAAGCAAGCUUUUGAUGAAGCAAUCCAUGAACUGGAUUCUCUCAGCGAGGAGUCUUACAAGGAUAGCACAUUGAUCAUGCAGCUCUUAAGGGAUAACCUGACUUUGUGGACUUCUGACAUGCCAGAAGAUGAGGAAAGUAAGCUCGAGAAGUCCGGUGGAGCUGAAGAUGCUGAGUGAGACGCAAGCAAACGGAGGAGUUGAGCUCGGGUAGUGCGUUGUUUUACCAUCAGAUGACUGGGGAGAAUGUUUGUGGCUCUUGUGACGUGUUGUUAGUAGUCCGUUGCUCUCCGUUAUUCUUUGUUUCUGGAGACAUUGUUCAAAAAUUUGCCAUUUUCUCUGUGUUUUCUUCUUAAUGCUUUUGGUUUGAUGUGUGGCGACUACUACUCUGUAGAGAAGGGCGUGUAUGCGUCAUUCUCAUAGGAUUUUAAGCAGCAGCAGCAGCAAUUGCUUCUUGUUAAAUGCGAUUAACCAACUGAAAGAUUUGUGUCCAGUUUCCAAAACUAGAUUUCUUGCCCUUAUCGAGCGAGGCCUAAUGCUUGAUUUGUUGGUAGUACAGUACUAGUUCUGUUCAU